AUGGACCAAAGUGAUUCUCUUGUAAAAAAUAAUUACCAUAAACAUCUACAUCAUUCUCAACAGUUUCCACCAUCUCAAUUACAGGAUCUUUCUCUUGAAAACUUGGUUUCUUCUGUUGAACUUUACAACAAUAACCAAGAAUCUUUAACCAGUCAUGAUAUGCAACGACUUAAAAAAGUUGUCGAAUUGAUGUUUUUAAAUAAAUCCACUGUAACUUCUAAACCUCCUGCUCAAAAUUUAUCCUCUUCAGAAGAUGACAUUUUAUCUUCUAUUGUUCUCUAUCUUCCAUUUUUUGUUAAUAAAUCUUCGGAAAUAACUUCACCGAUAAAUAUUAUUUUAUAUCAUACUUAUCCUAAUAUUUUAGGUGAACUUGUUAAUAAUAAUUUAAAUCGAAAUCAAAUUACACACUCUUUCAUUAAACCUUUAAAUACUCCUGUUUCUUCUCUUUGCACUCCAUCCAAAGAGUUAUGUAAACAAUUGGUAAAUGAUUAUUUUACCAAUUUCAACGUUUUCAUUCCCAUUGUUAAUCGCCAAAAAUUUAGUAUUCAACAGAAUUAUCAUAAUAAAGAAAAUUUUGAAAUGUUGAUGUGUGCAAUCUUAGCUGUGGCAUCAACAAGGUAUUCUGAUGAUCCUUCUAUUCAAAAAACUUUGAAUAAACCCGCUGGGGUAUUUUUCGAUGCUGCCAAGAAAUUAUUGGAUACAAAAUAUAAUAAUCCGAGCUUGGAAACUGUUCAAACAUUAUUACUUCUAGCGCAUGCUGAGACUAGCAUAACACGCAUUCAUAGUGAAUCAAUGUUUUUUGGCAUGGCAGUUCAAAUGGCUCAUAUAUUACGCCUUGAACGAAAUGAUCCCACUUUACCUCCAGAUGAAAAUGAAGAAAGACGUAGAAUAUUUUACCUUGUUUACUGUAAUGAUAGAUGGUCAUCUUUCAUAUUUGGCAGACCUGUCGUUAUUGAUGACAUAAAUAUCAACGUUCCUUUACCCACUUUGUCUUCAUUUGGAACUUCAACAAGACAAUUCUUUAUAGCAUGGAUAAAGUUAUCACGUAUACUUGGUCAAAUUUGGAAUUUUGGUUAUUCUUCUCAAUCUCUAGCUUCUCGUGAAAGUUGGCUAUUUAAUACAAAUAAUCAAAAAACCACAUUAAAGCAAAUACGUUUAGAAUUGACAAAAUGGUUAAGAGAAUUACCCGAGGAACUUCGAUGUCAAUAUUUAUCAAAUGCUGAUUCAAGUCGUACCAAUUUAUCUAAUUUUUCGAUUUUUGCUGAACAAAAACUAGGCCAAGAUGGUCCGGUUCAAAUAUGCCUUACCGCUUGUACUACAAUUGCCCAAAUCACUAGAAAGAUUCAAGAUUAUGAUCAAAAAGCAUUUUGUGACUUUAGACUUCCUACUUAUGGUUUAUUGGAAUCCAUUAUAUUGGAAUUAAUCAUUAUAAAUGGUGCUCAAAAGUUUGAAUCAAUUGCUAAAAAAGCUUUAAAUAAUUCACUUAAUGAAUUUAUUUUUGCUUCAAAAAAUUCAAACAUCUUUUUAUUAUAUGAAGCUACCAAUGAAAUUGAAAAAAUUAUUAGAUUAACUAAUAGAAAAUUAAAAUGGAUUCAGGAUAAAUUUGUCUUCUCUAUGGAUGAUUAUAUGGACGACGGUACGGACGACUGUACAGAUGAUUGCUCGGAUGAUUGUUCGGAUAAUUGUACGGAUGAUUGUUCGGAUGAUUCUAUGGAUAACUUUAUGGAUGAAUAA